AUGGCUGAAUGCAUCGAUCCAGAAGACGAAUACGAUACUGGUGUUCAAGAAGACGAAGACAUGCUCGAUGAAAGUCGCCCGGCUACGAAUCCCUGGGACCAAGAUGUCUCGAUGCUGAAUAUAACCACGAAGACUUUUGGUACUGGCGAACGAGGUUGGGUGGGCAGAACUGUGAAAAUCAGACAAGUUGCUAGACGCUGGUGUAAGUUCCAAAAACUGGAGGAUUACGGCGCGGAAUGUAGUGAGCAGUAG